CCGUCGAGGCAACCACAGCGGCUCCAGCACCCCGAGAUUGAGAACCAAAACAAGACACCUGCCUACCCCUUUCAUCUGCUAUAAUAAUUCUUGAAGAAAGCGCGUGAGUUGCGUGUGUGCGACCCUGACCCUUUGUCGACUCUGCUGUUGCCCUCGGUGUUGUUGGUUGUGUGCGUCAUGUGGCCGGCGCCGCGCUGCGUCGGCGCCGCCGUCGUUCUCGCCCAGCGCCGACAAUAACGCGACACGUGAAGGGAAGCGCGACUUGCGCUGCCGCUGCCACCUCCACGUCGGCCGCAGCCGCAAAAACGCGACUUCCCAAGGUCGAGGUCACCGGGCCUGAGAGCGAUAGCAGUUUAGCUGACGCCGAGGCCAUCGGUCUGAGCAGAGCCGAUAUGACUGCCAUUAAUUCGGGCCUGCACGAUGUGCCGGGCGUUCGUCUUCCCCUGCAGACGGCGUCGUACGCGUCGCCCAGUCCGACGCACGCCGUCUUCAUGUAUAGCGGCUCAGGCGACGGAGGGGGAGGGGGCGGUGGUGGUGGCGGCCGCGACAACGUCGUCACGCUGCAGCUGCGCGGCACCACCGUUGGCGUUGAUGACGACGACGACGAGGACGUCGAAGACAAAGUCUCAGGGGUGGACGCGAGCGGCACCAACCUGGCGUCGGUGCUCGCCAGACUGCAACAGGAGGACGCCACCCUGAGCAUCAGUUACCAGGACGGCGACGUCCUAGCCGAGGGCAGCAUCGACGUCCUCCUCGGAUCCGGCGCCCUCCACGCAGCAGGGGCCGACGGCGCCUUCGACCUCUUCGACUCGGAGAGCGGCCAGGACUUGACCCUCAGUCCUCAGACCUUCACCAGCUCGACCGAGGCCUUCCUCAACGACAACUCGGACAGCCUGCCUCCCACGCAAGCUGACGCGGACACAGUGGGUAGUUCCAACUCGGAAGACGCAAAGGUGUCCGCGGCGGCGAGCGUGCCCGCGGCGUCGACAAAGGCGACGACAGUGACUGCGACGCCGGCGCCACCGGCUUCAACGCCGUCGUCCUCGUCGUCGCCAACAACAACGGCCAUCGUGGCAGCCGACUCGGGCAAGUUGGCGGUCAAGAAGUCGCGGCCGAAAGCCUCCUCGCCCAACCGACAGGGUCCCCAGCAGUGUUUGGUAUGCGGUAAAGUGUUUGGCAACGCGUCGGCGCUCGCCAAGCACAAGUUGACGCACAGCGACGAGCGAAAGUACGUCUGCAGCAUGUGCGGAAAGGCUUUCAAGAGGCAGGACCACCUGAACGGCCACAUGCUGACGCACCGCAACAAAAAGCCGUUCGAGUGCAAGGCCGAGGGUUGCGGCAAGUCGUACUGCGACGCGCGCUCGUUGCGUCGGCACACGGAAAACCACCACACGACGCCCGCCGGGGCGGCGAGGGCCACCCCCAGCACGGCGGCCGCCUCCGAGGAGGCCACCUCGUGCAUCCAGUAUGCGCCCCCGCCCCCGCCGUACCCUUCGACCUCCUCGAGCAACUCGCCCGAGGCCGCGGCCGCCGCCUCGCCUAGUCAGCUGCAGCAACUUUUGUCCUCGCCGUCGGCCAACGCCUCGCCCAACAGCCCCUCCACCUCCAACCAGGCUGCAAGUCCCGGUGGCGAAAGCGAAGCGACCGACGGCCUCACGAGACAGCACCUCGAACUCAUCCAGCAAAUCAUGCAGCAGACGCAGCAACAAGCGGCCGCAGCAGCGGCCGCCGCGGCCACCAAAGCCGAAAAGCCGGUCAAGAGCCGCACGUGGACCGCCUCGCAGAACGCGGCGAGUGCGGCGGCCAAGACAACCUCGGCCCAGGCCGCCCCGGCGGCCAACAGCGUCGACCCGAAACCUGUCGAGUGCAACCUCUGCCACCGCAAGUUCAAAAACGUGCCCGCCCUCAAUGGUCACAUGCGACUGCAUGGCGGUUACUUCAAAAAGGACUCUGAAGCAAAAAAGACAGACAAGAAAGACUCAGCUGGUCCGCCGCUGCAGACGGCCAGCGUGAGCGUUCGGGCGCUCAUCGAAGAGAAAAUCAUCCAGAAGCGAAUCACAAACCCGUCGCUGCAGCAACAGGCCUCGUCGGCGCCGAGCAGCGGCGCCACCACCCCGGCGGCCCCGACCGCAGCAGCCUCGCUGACGCCGCCAGCAACCUCCUCCACGCAGAACGGAGGAAGCACCGCUUCUUCUGGCGAAACGUCUGCCUCGUCCAGCACAUUCCCCGCGGCCGCGGCGCCGCCCCCACAGUACCCGGCCGGCGCCAAGACGUUUGUCUUGCCGACGGCGCCGUCACCGGGCCCGCCGCCUGAAAAGGUGCGGCGCCACUCGGACUCAUCAGAGCCGUUCGAAAGCGUCGCGAUCAAGCGCGAGAGGUCGUGCGGCGACGCCACGACCUCGGUCGCCAGUCCGCUGGCGCUCGCCAUCGCCGCUGAACUGGCCGAACAGGCCUCCGCUGGCGCCGCCAGCUUCAACCUGGCCGCCUUCACUGGCGCCGCCGGAGGCGCCACUUUCUUCAACCAGGAUGACGUGUUCCAGCAGGUGCCAGAGGCGGUGCUUCAGCUUGCCGAGUCCAUCCAGUUCCAGGCUGAAGAUAUGGCCGCGCUUGACGACUUCCAGAGUGCGGACACGAAUGGCGAGGCAGCCGUUUUCAGUUCUCAGAACGGCGACGCCACCGGCCAGGAGUCAAACGAUUUCCCGGCGUUACAGUCGGUGACUCUGGCCGACAUUGCCGCUUUCAGCGCCGUCGCCUCACAGAAGGACUUUGAGUUCUCACCUUCGGCGCAAAAGGAUGGCCAAACUGUGUUCGCCUUCUCGCCCCAACAUAGUUCAAAGGACAACGGCGGCACUUACAACUUUUCACCGCACACUACGUCACCGCUGCCAUCGCCGUUGCAGGGCCACGACUCACCGAGUUUCGCGUACCCAACCCCACCUGCGAGCCAAGAGGGUCCAACCUUUGGACUUCUGCAGGCGGCGCCUCUUGGUUCACCGCACGGCGCCGCCGACUCAACGUUCGCAUACUACGCGGGCGCUUUGUCGCCGUCAGCUGCGGCCGUCGAGGCGGCGCUGAAUGAGGUGUUGCCGGGCGACGCCUUUUCGCGAUCGCACCAACACGCGUUGUUGUACCAGGCGGCGCCAAGUGGCGCCGACGCAUCAUCAGCCGCGGCGUCACCCCUCUCGGCAACGUCCGUGGCAUCACCUAUGUCCAGUGUGGCGGCGCCUUCGUCUACGGCCGCGUCACCGGUGGCGCCGUCGGGUGGCGGCGCCGCCUUUGCGCUGCAGAUGAUGCCCAACUCGGACGACCCUUUGUUGUCGAGCAGCCCGAAGGACUUUGGAGGCAGAAAAAGGUUCGACUUUGGGCUGUUGCGCGGCGCCGCCGGCGACGCCACGGCCAUCCUCAGUGGCCUGGGCCUCGUCCUGGAGAACAACGGCGAGCUGCGCUUCUACCCGACCUCGGGGACGGCGUCACCGUCAGUGACGUCGACCACCUGCACCAACCUGCAGCAACAACAGCAGCUUAAGCGACCCAAGGAGGAGCUGGACGACGCCGAUCUGUUCCUCAGCCCGUCCAGCGUGGCGCCGCCGACGCAGGCCCUGCCCCGUUUGAAGCGCCCCCGGCCGCGCCCCGACCCCCUCUUCAUCCCGGCGCCGCACGAAAAGUCUACGGUGGCGCCACGGGGGCCUUUGCUCUUUAAGUCGCGUCUCAGGGCGCCCCGACUCAAGUCCAUCAACAGCACCUUCACGCCGCCACCCAUGCUCGACCCCUGUCGCAAUGGCGCCGGCCUAUUCCACAACCUCAAAAAUGAGCCUAACAGCAGUGCUACUACUGAGGACACUGCGAUGGACACAGAUUCCAUGCCACACAUCAACAUCAGCCACAGACAUCAGGUUUCGUACAUCCCACCUUGUGAGCCGUGCAAAGAAGUGGCGCACAUGGAGUCUUCAAGAGAGCAUUUGUUGUGGAAUCCGGACGUCCGAGCCUCGGAGGGAGAAAUUGACAUGUACUUGGAGUUUGCCUGCUGCGCCGCGGUGCCAGGAGGCGGUAGAAAUAAGGAAUACGCCCUGCAUUUGCUCAACAUGUGCCACGGCAACGUCAAGGAGGCGAUGCUCAAGUUGAUGCAGCCAACGCCGUCGCUGCCGGCCGGGCACCCGCUGCUCAGCUACUGCUACUCGGACUCGGCGCGGUGGGCGCACGACGAGAUCGAGGCCUUCCAGCAGGCGCUGCUCAGACACGGAAAGGACUUCCGAAACGUCGCCAAAGACGUUUCAAGUAAGAGUGAGGUGCAGUGUGUGCAGUUCUACUAUUUCUGGAAGAAGGUUUGUCCCGAGGAGUACCAGCGGCUCAAACUGCUGCGCCAGAGGACCGAGUUGGCCUUUCUGAGAAGCGUCGAGCUGGACGAGCUCACCAAUGACAAGCUCGCCUUCCAGGUGCAGCUGCAGCCGAGUGACGCCGAAGUGAUCUCAAGCACGUGCUCGGCAGACACGCGCCUCUUCAUGUGUGAAUACCCUGACUGCUCAGCCAGUUUCAACUCGCGGGCGGCGCUGAACGGGCACGUGCGCAUCCACGGUGGCAACGGGCGACGCUCGCCGACGCCCGACGGCUGCAAACGCGUCGCGAGCGGGACGCCGCCGAUCGAGGGCCUGAGCGAGGAAUUCCCUUGCAAGGUGUGCGGGAAGGUGUUUGGCAAAAUCAAGAGUCGCAGCGCCCACAUGAAGUCGCACCGGCCGCCGGACGCAGAGCCGAAGAGGCCCAAGGCGGACAACAACAAAACCACCAACACUAACAACAACAACAACAACAACGGCGGUGGCGACGACUUGGUGCGGCCGUUGCUGACCACGCUGCCCGCCGGCCUGGGCCUCAUUUAAAACCAGAACAGUGUCCGCGGCGUCCAGAGCAAAAACAAAACCCGCCACCCAAUGAUCUUCAGUGUAAGUUUAAGGACCCUCUGCCCUCUCGUGCUCACUCUCCGUUUUUUAAUGUCUAUCUCUCUUUCUCGCCGUGUUGGUUAAUUGGUUGAUUGAGACUCUAUAUGAUAAAAUUGAUUGUUGGUUCGUUCGUAUCACACAAUAAUUAAGUAGAGAUGUAUAUCAAGUGUUUGCCCCUCGACGUGUUGUGCGGGAAGAGAAAGGCCGCAAUUUUCGUCGUGUUAUACAAAUUGAUGUGUACUUGAUCGAUUCCGAAGCAUUUAAAAGACUCUCCUUUCUCUCGUCGUUUAUUUGUUACUGACGAGGAAGAAGACGAAGAAGAAAAUUUAAACUGGUGUGACAGGGAUGAAAUUCAACCAAAAGUAAGCGACACAAACACACACACACACUUGCUGCCUUUUUGCGCUCUGAUGGUAGCGAGGAGAAUUUUUAAAAAUCCGCGAAAAUUUGGAAAUUUACAAUCCAACACUUAUUAUGAUGUUUCUCCUUUCAAAAUUUUUGAUGGUUUCGCUGCUCAAAUUCGUCAAGAGAGUUUUGCGUGUUUGAAAUGAGGAGUCGCCCUCCGUCUUGUUUUGGUUAAUUUCCCCUUUGAAACGGAGAUCACUACGCGGGCUUUGCAUUUUGCUCAAGUAUAUUUAUUGAAUUCAAAUCCGAGUGUCCAGCCGAGGUGAUUAUACUUCACACUCUGCUUGCUUCCAUUUUUACUUUUCUCGUCGAAUUGGAUUUCAGCAAAGCCCUUAAUUCUUGACAAAUCGGGGAAAUUAAUUGGAAAAACACAAUUUGAAUCAAUGUUCGCUGUUUCUCCCGCGACGAAAGCAGAAAAGUUUUAGACAAGGUUCAAGGAAACUAAUCAGUUGGUGGUGCAGAGCGAGGGGAUGAAAGUGAAAGUGCCUUGGUCUCACUCACGCAGCACAUGUGUUGCAGCCGUAGGAAUUAUAUAAUCACGAAAGCCGCGCGGGAAUCGAAAACAAGGCCCUGCAAGUUCAAGAAACUCUCUCUCAAUGUGUCAAGCAAUACUCGUAGCUGUUAAGUGGCGAGCGCGCGUUUUGUUCUCACAAAAAUUAUAGAAAAACAUACUCUCUCCGAAUUCAAUGUUCUUCUCUUUAAACGAAAUAAGAAAGAAAAGUAAUCGAUGUGCCAAAAAAAUCCAUAGUUUUUUGAGCUGACACACCGGCAGGUAGUGCGUAGAUUGUCUAAAGAUAAAAAAGAAAAUCCAAAUCGCGGAAUGCAGAAAAUCAUCGACAAUCCCCCCCGUCGUUCGGCGUCGAAAUUGUGUAACUCUCAAAAGUUUUCGUUUCCGCAAAGAGAAUUUAACUAAUUAUAGAUUAAAUAUAAAAUAAUUUUUUGAUUAAUUAAUUCUCUCUCGAUAUGGGGUGUCUAGGCCUAAAUGUUUGGUGUUCCACGGCAUCGUUUCAUAUAUAAAUAUAAUUAUUCUUGUAAAGCGAGAAUCGAUGGUGUGUUUAAUUGAGAAAAAGAAACUUUAUGGUACAUUCUCACACGCACUCGUAUGCAUAAAAUAUCAUAUAUUUAUGGAUUUUAAUACGCGGUUAUCCAUUGAAAAUUGGUAGAGCUGUAAUAGCACAAUCGACUCGUUCGAAAUAAGUCAAAUCUCCGCGUGCAACUUAUAUUAAAUACUGAACACGCACACGCAGAUCUAUUUUGGUAAAUUCGAGCCACCGACCGACUACUUUCAAGCAAGAUAAUUAUCACGCGCGGAUUUUCCAGAAUUUCAAUAAAAAUCAAACACGCAUCUAGCUCUCUCUCUAUCUCUCUCUCUAUAUAUAAAUGUGUGGGAAUAAAUAUUUUUAAAUUAUAUAAAAAAAGUGAUCUAGAGUUUCCUGUUAGGUCGGGACGAUUUUCGAAGACAGGGUCAUCGGUCUCUCGGAAUGCAAAAAACAGAAUCGGAAAGCAGAAGCCCCUGUCAGCUGCCUGUAUCGUAGUGUCUUGUUGUUGAUCAUUAAAGAAAGAAAUAACGUGUGCGAAGAUCUCGGGGAAACGAUGAUUCAACUCCUCUUGCUCUCUCAAGACGCAAAAUGGGCGUGCAAAAAUUGAAAGCGGAAAUUUAAGAGAACAGUUGUAAAUGUUGUUAAAGCAGAAAAAUUGAAUGGUUACCUCUUCUCACCUCUAUCACUAGCGCGUAAUGGAAAAAAAUACAAUGUUAUAUUGAAUCUCUCCCGGAAUAAGCGGAUACAAUGUACAUGCUGGGAUUAUUCUCUGUGUAUUAUAAUUAUUAUUCUCGAUGAAGAAGAAAGAACUUUAGAGCGUGUUAAGUGUUUUGAUUAUCGAUUUAAAAGUAAUAGGAAGAUAAACUGCCGUCAGGUGUAAGUUUUUAAUUAAGAAGAAGAAAACCGAUCAAACACUGUAGCGGAGAACUCGGAAAUUGAUUUGCAAAUUUCUCACUCUAUUCGAGACAGUUGAAGGGAAAAUAAUAAAGAGAGAUUAUUUAAAAAAAAAAAGAAUUUGCGAAAAUAAAAAUCGUCGUAUUAGAUAAAUGAGAGAUGAAGAAAAAUCUACUGUGCCUGCUGGAAAUACUCUUGUGCCAACAAUCGGAAUUAAAGAUGAAACAUACAAAGAGAUAUUUAAGAAGAUAUGAUUUAAAAUUUAAGGUCAACACUCACACUUCUUGUACGAGACAAAAAGUAAGAAAAAAUAAAAUAACUCAAAAUGCUAUAUAUUAUUACUUAACGCCGUAUUCUGAGUAAAAAUUAAAAUACAUUAAUGGAAAAACGGGAUGGAAAAUGUUGUUGAACGGAAAAAAUAAAUGAUCUCACAAACAAAAAAGCUGGAUGAAAGAAACACACUCACUCACACACACACAUUUUAUUAAUAAUAAAUGUGGAAUUUAAAAGUAUAUUAGAUGAUAAUAAUCGAUGUGCAAGGGGUAUAUAUUUAUCAUACGUCUCUCUCACUCACUCACUCACUCCUCACUCACUCAACACAAACCCGAAAAACUUGAAACUCUUUCUCUCUAUCUCUCUCUUUAUCGCGUCCGUAUGAAAUAAAAAAAAAAGAGUGUAUCGGGCCGUGUAGGAAAAUAAAAGAAAUCCACUCGGCAAAACGUUUCUCAGUGGCAAAAAAUUUAAAAGUACUUGAUGGACAGUAUUUUUUAUCAAACUCGGAAAAUCACAAAUAAUGUUAAUAUAUAUAAUUGUCUCUCACGGAAACUUGUUUUAUCCGAAUUAUUUGUUACAUUAAAAGACACGCGUUCACAGAGAAAAAAAUAUUGAAUCGUAGAUGAGCUAUGCAUUGAUGUGUACAAAAAUUUACUACUGCAUGUGUAUAAAAAAAAAGAAUCGACAGAGAGGCGAUUGGUGAAUCGCGACGCGCCCGCCUGUCGACCCACCCUGAUGAGAAAAAAGGCUCAAACACAACCCCCCUGUUUGCGACCCCCGGCGGGACGAGAGACACGUGCGCGUACAAAGCAAUAAUUUAAUCCAAACGAUAUCACACCGGAAUACAAAAUACAAAUUUUCAAAUAUACACCUGCUGCUCAAACUCCGCCAUGUGUCGAAUUUUCCUCCCCUCCCUAAACGCACCCUUAGAAAUAAUCAGGGUCGGUGGCAGGCGAGCUGCGAUUCCGAGUCGCCCAGACACAAAAACAAACCUGUAUUCUUUGCUGCCCACCCGAACAAAAACACGGUUUUUAAAUGAUUGCUCACGAAUUUCUCCUCCCUCUUUACAUUUUACUCUUGUUUUUUUUCAUUUGGAAAAUUCUCACUCUCCUUCUCGAGAAGAAGAUUAAAAAGGCCUAAAACUCAACAUAAAAAAGCAACACGAAUUAUAUAACACAAAAAAUAUGCACAAAAACGAAGGCUUGCGCAAAUAAACAAAUUGCAAGAAGGUCUCUUUGUGUAAUUUUUAUUGAAGGGUUUGAAACUUUUGAAGAAACUAAAAUUUUAUCAAUCGUCCUCACUAAGACGUAUGUAUUUGCAGACCAGAAUUGACGAAGCAGGAAAUUACGAUUUAUCUUAAAAAUUUCUGCCGCACUUUUGGUCAAAAUGAAACAUUUUGUUUGGCAAAAGUUUUCUGACUUUGAAAAUAAAAAUAAUGCUCUAAUGGCGGUGCCAAAUUUUAAAAACUAAUAUUUUUAAGUUUUGAAGAGACCCUCCCUUUCUUGACGUGUAAAAGGAAUAACUAAAGUGUGUAAUUAUUACAGCGCUGCCUCGAAAUAAUAUUUUUCUUGCUUCACGCGCAGUUGUACGGAUUUUGAAUUAUACACGAGUUUAGUUGAAGGCUUCAUAGUAGGUGCAGGAAAAGGACAAACAUAUAAUUAUAUCUAGUGGCCAAACGAAAAAUUAAUUGAAAAACCAUGAAACACGCACGGCACAUGAAAACGAAACGGGUAAUUUUUAAUUAAUAAUCGCGCAAACACGCACUUUUGCAAGCAGAGAAAAUAAAAUUCACACCUGAAAAGACGGAAUGAAGAGACUCUUAUGUAUUUUACACCUUUCCUUUUCCCUCAUUUCAUUUUACAAUAAUCAUUUCAAAAUAUAUAAUAUGUAUAAAUUGAAAUAUGUCUGGAAAAAGCGGUAGUUUUUUUCUAAAUAAUUUUAAUAGUUUUCUUGACACACAAACAAACACGCAAGAUAAUUAACAUGUGAUUUUAAGCAAAGUACGGAGGUGAGAAUUCUAUAAACGCAAAAUGGCACUAAAAAGGCUGUUUGUAUAAAAUCGCUAUACUUUAUACACUAUAAUUUAGCAAGACGUAUUUAACGUGAAAAAAUACACGCAACUGCUCACUCGUUAUUAUUGUACUCGAUAAUUUCGCGCGUACGAAGAAUUAAGAAGAAGUAAAACAAACAAAAAAUGAAAUCUAUCGCUCUAAUCUCUCUGCUCUCCCUCUCGGUCUCAGCCAAUGUUGAGAGAAGAAAAUAAUAUGUCUGAUAAUACAUAUAUUUUUCAUAUGAUUUCCCUGCAACUAAACUGAUAUAAAUCACAAAUGUGUAAUUAAGAAGUAUUAAAGAGUUGUAAAAAAUUCUCAGAGCUGUUUAGCGCGGUGAAAAGUGCAAGACAAAUUAAUUAAGCGAGGCCAAAUGAGAUUAUUAUUACGAAAUCACUUUGUACGGAGAGGUGUGUGAAUAUGUAUCUGCUCUUGUAUAAUUUUCUACACGCGAGUUAUCCUAUUUAUUAUUAUGAUUGUACAGUGGACUGAAGUUGACACACAUACACACACACAUGCUGCCAAAUAUUGAGUUGAUUUCCAUGAGCCAACCCCCCCCCCCCCUCUUUUAAUAUAUAACUCUUGUUUGUUAUUGAUUAAAAAAAAAUCAUGUGUAUUUAAGAAGAAGAAAAUAGAGAAAAACGAACAUCAAGUGGUCAGUUGAAAAUACGGUUUGCGAUAAAUAAGAAUGACGGCGGAGGACUGUCUCGUCCGCCGCGCGUCCUCACGUCUAGUUGUGUUUCUUUUUUCUAUAAAAGACAACGCAAAGGUUACGUGAAAAUCAUCCUCUUGUCCAAUAAAAUUGAAACUAUAUUA